GAGCUUAGGUUUAAACCCUAGCCUUUUUUUUCGAGACUGUGCUUCACCGCCGGUCUCCUCCCUCUCGCCGGUCGACCGUAAACGGCGACCAUGGCUCAACAUUCAGAUCCGCUUGCUUCGUUUCCUUCUGGCGUCAAGCUUCUUCUCCGCAAUCUCCAUAAUCUUAUCCCAGAGAAGCUCACCAAUUCAAAUUACCCUGCAUGGUCUCUCAAUGUCAAAACUGCUCUCGAGGCCAACCUUCUCCUUGGUUGGAUCGAUGGUCAUGAAGCUGUGCCCCCAAAAAUAUUAUCCAAGGAUGGCAAGAAAAACCCUAACCCAGAGUUCCAAACAUGGACUGUGAUCGAUACUCAGAUCCGUGCAUGCCUUCUUGCCGUCAUCAGUCCGUCUGUUCACAAGCAUGCCCGCAACUUCUCCACAUCUGCCGAUCUGUGGAACGCUCUCGCUGCCCGGUAUAAUUUUGUUUCUACCGCUCACAUCUAUCAACUACGGGACAAACUUCACACACUCCGAAAAGGUACAAAAACUAUCACCCAGUACCUUGAUGAAGUUGCCACUAUCCUCACCGAUUUGGAUGCUCUCAACGAGGUUAUUCUUGAGAGAGAUGUGGUGAAUGCUGUUAUCCGAGGCCUCCCUCAUGAAUAUUCCUCCUUCAAGCAAAAUAUACGGAUGAACAAUGAGAAUAUAAGUCUCAAUCAACUUUCUGGGUGGUUGACCUCUAAAGAAAUAAAUCUUGAAAUCGAGCAAAAAUUGAGUAUUGCAGAUUCCGCCUCUGGAGUUUCUCACUCUGCACUGUACACAAACAGCGGUCGAGGCUGCGGUCGAGGUGGACCGAAUGGUCGACCGUCUUUUGGGCGCGGCUCUAGAUCUGGUCGCGGCGGUCGAAGCUACGGCACGGGGGAGGCCGCGGACCGUCACACGAUCUUCCAGUGUGUCAGAUCUGUUCAAAGCGUGGCCACUCUGCUGCUACCUGCUGGUAUCGCUAUGAUGAUUCUUCUAGUGAGAGCAACUCGGCUACCAAUUCCCGUGUUAUGUAUGCAACCACAACCAACCAAAUUGGUGAUUGGUACCUUGACACAGAUAGUGGACAACGAUACGAAUCUGGUGCGGUACACGGGCCCCUGUGAGCAUGGUCUCUAUACCCUUCCUUCCAAGCCUAUCCCUGUUGUGUGUCAAGCUGUCACUGCAUCCACUUGGCAUCGCCGACUUGGACAUCCGGCUCCUGCUGUUGCCAAGUCUAUUUUGUCUACUUUAGAGAGCAAGGAUUCCCUGAGGAUUCAACCAGCCUGGGCCGAAACAGAAAAAAGGCCCUGAAAGUCUUAUCCUUAAUUGUCUAAAAAAUUCACAUAUGUAAACUAAUUAUAUUUAAAUUAUAAUUAAUGCAAUAUUAUUACAAGAAAAAAGUAAAUGGCAAAAUUGUAGUAUUAUACUAAGUAAAAUCAAGAACAAAAACUGAAAAAAGCAAGCAAAUAAAUAUAUCAUAAAUUAAUAUCAAUUCG